GGUCACACUUGCACCCUUAUCUCACAAAUGUUGCCAAAUAUAAUCAGCUUUGUUUUGUAAACCACUCACUUUUAUAUAGUAUUUGUAAAUUCAAUUCAAUUUGGUGCGAUUAUGCUUUCAUUUACAAUUCGCGUAGAGCAGCCAGCAACAAAGCAAUGACUGUGCGGGGCAUAGAAGCUAUCAAAUUAUAUAUGCCGACGUCAAAGGCAGAUGCAAGAGCAGCCAUAAAAACAAACAUACGUGAGGAAACGGGCAGGGCCGUGAUAGAACCUACACCUGUUGACAAAGGCCAGGCCAUGACCUCUGUGGAACGCUACAGGCAGGAAUGGGCGCAAUUGCUGUCCAACUUGGACGAGGACCCCGAAUCUUUGCGUUUGGCUGCAUUCAACGGCCAGCUGAAAAUGUCAAAGUUUCGCAGCAUCCACUGGGCGCUGCUGCUGCGAGUGCUGAGCGCUGAUCAUCGCAGCUGGGUUAGCCAGCGCACACAGCAGCGAAGCAGAUACGAGAAGUUUCGCGUGGACUAUGUGCGCAAUCCUCACGAGCUGGCUGGCCCUGUAGACGAUGAUCCCUUAUCGCAGUCGACGAAAAGUGUCUGGAAUCAGUAUUUUAGCGAUCAGGAGCUAUUCGCUGUCAUACGCCAGGAUGUGGUGCGCACCUUUCCGGGCGUGGAUUUCUUUCGCAAGUCCCUAAUACAGAAUGCCAUGACGAACAUACUCUUCUACUAUGCACGGGAGCAUCCGUACAUGUGCUACAGGCAGGGCAUGCAUGAGAUAUUGGCGCCCAUUAUCUUUGUGGUCUACAGCGAUCAUCAGUCGCUGUUGCACUACAAAGAGAUAGCCAAGACGGACAUCAAUGAAGCUCUGUUAAAUGUUCUGGAUGCGGCAUAUCUGGAAGCGGAUACCUACUCUAUCUUCUCGCGCCUCAUGUCUUCUGUGGAAUCGUAUUAUCGAGUUACCAGCAUAGCCUCCUCCCCAGUUGAGUUGCAGUCGACGAGCGAGACACCCGGCGCUGACGCUGAGCCGCAAUCAGAGGUGGAGGUUAUCAGCCAGCUGAAUUUGAUACGCGAUAAAAUAUUGGCCAAGCAGGAUCAGCAUUUGCAUCACUAUCUGCUCAAAAUGGAAAUUCCAUUGCAUAUAUUUGGCAUUCGCUGGCUGCGUCUGUUGUUUGGGCGGGAAUUCAUGCUGCUGGAUUUGCUGCUGCUCUGGGAUGCCAUCUUUGCAGACAGCGAUCGCUUCGAUCUGCCCAACUACAUAUUGGUGGCCAUGCUGGUGCAUAUACGAGAUAAGCUGCUGCUGAGUGACUAUACGACAUCGAUGACUUAUCUCAUGCGCUAUCCCAGCCAUGUCGAUGUCAAUCUGGUGCUGCGACACGCCUUGCACAUGCUCAAUCCCAAGCAAUUCGACUACCCAGCGAACGCCUUCUCCUGUGUGUCAUUCACAAACAAUUCGCCCGCAUCUGAGCCGCAAGCAUCACCGCAGCGUGUGCGCACUAGCUCCGAGUCUUCAAAUGUGGGUACCCAAAUCGAUCGGCACAUCAGCUAUAUGCAGGCUCGCAAUGCUGAGAAUUCUUCUGCAUUGGCGAAGCUACAGGAUGUCAAUCGCGUCGCCAUGGAUGGCUACCUUGAAGAUAGCCCUGAGCUACUGCGUCUGGAGCUGAAGAACGCGCAGACGGUCAUCAAAAUAGCUCACAGCAAACUGCUUAGCUAUUUAACCACUGUGCGCAAACACAUGGGCAAGCAUAGCAACGAAGAUCUCAGUCGUGCUCUCGAUGGCAUGGAGGAGCUGUGCAGUUUUCUAGAUGUGAAAUUAAUAUUCCCGCUUCAUGUGCCCACAGCGCCCAUUGAUGAGGCACUGGAGGCCAACGAGCGCAAGCAAUUGAAUAGCAAACGAAACAACGCCGCUGCGAUCACGCCUCCAAUUGCUCGUAUUCCGCAGGUGCCCGUCGCUAGCAGUAGCUAUGAAAUGCCCGAGAAUGCCUUCAUGCACAGUUCGACGCGCCGGUUGCUGGGCGAUCGACGGGAGAUCGAGCUGUCGACCAUCACCAGCGACGAGAGACCCGAACAAAUGGUGCUGCAAAAUGGUUUGCCCGCGGCCGAGCCGCAACAGCCGCAACGGCCGCAAUGAAACAAUGUUUCAGCCAUCGACUGAAUAUUAUUUUACAAAUUAAGCUAACGAAUUGUGAAUCCUCGAUAAAAACCUUAUUAUUCAUUUUUUAUUUGUAUAAACUGCAUCGGAAUAAUACGAAAUAAAUGGAUGCAAUGUGCUGAAAACCUUA